AUGGCGAAUCCGGUGCCAAAUCCUGCCGAAUGCGGCAUACAGGUGUUUUGCCGCAUCCGCCCGCUGAAUAGCAUGGAAGAAAAAGGCGAUUCGAAAUUUGUGCCGAAAUUUCCGUCCGAUUCACAAGAGGCGAUCUCAGUUGCGGUUGGUGCUUCUGAAACCUGUCAUUUGUAUAGUAUAUUUUUAAAUAGCCAGAAACUCGUCUCGAAAAGAAUCAUCGUCGUUGAAAAAGUGAUACGUUUGAGCUUCGAAAUAUGA